CGGUUUCACGUAUAAAUGCAGAAAACGCAUGGCCACUGCGACAGAAGAAAGCACAAGAAGGAGAAAGAACAAACUCAUCUCACUUUUUCUCACGGAUAAUUCGCUCUUGGUGGUUGGAUACUGCACUCAAAGUCGGUUGGAUACUGCAGCAGAACUCUUUUUAAAAAAAACUUCUGUACUUAUUUUCUUUUGAAUUUUUCACAAAUUUCAUCCACUGCUAUUCAUAAUGACAGCAUCUGACAUAGAGUCUCUCCAGCCACGCACCAGAAGCGGAGGUCGGUGCUUGCCCGCCUUCUUGAUCACCUCGAUGAUCACUUUGUUCGUUCUGCUGGCCGGAGUGACCUUCACCGCCGCACUCUUCAUCAGACAGCUACAGACAGAGCUCGCGAAUUUAACCAAGACCACACACGAACAGACGGGGCCAUCUGCACAACUGUCUGAGUCUCAAUACAAGGUGCAGAACUUUGCUUUUCUGCGAGCAUCCUCCGGCGUCCUUAACAAUGUCACCAUGGAGUGGAAAAAUAGGUCCUUGGAGACGGUGGGGAGCGGCUACACGUUCAGCGAUGUUCAGCACACUCUACAGCCACAAGCCGAGGGGAGCUACCUGCUCUACCUGGACCUGGUUUUGCUCUGCCGCGAUCCCCCCUGCAGCGCAAUCAACGGGACGGUGGUUGUCAAAAGCGAGCGUGAGCAACUGCUGGAGUGCCAGUUCAGCGCGCCGCAGCGCCGGACGGAGAAGUGCUGGCAGGUGGUGCGGGUGGACAAGGCACACCGGCUGGUGGCCGUGAUGUCGGUGCGCGGCGCCACCGACAAGUGGGAACUGGACACGGAGAAGAGCGGGAUGGGCAUGUUCCUGGUGGACGGGCAGACGCGUUGAAACGCGGACGGACAGACAGACAGACUCAGAGGUGGACGCAGAGAGGAGCUGAAUUGAGUCUGAGGGACAUGCAGGACAGUACCGAUGUCGGUCUUCAAUGGCACACCGGGCUGCUAUUGCACAACCUCUCCUCUGGAAGGUGCUGCAGCACUCCUGUUGACGCAAAGCACCAAUCCUUAAAAAGUGCAUUUACAGGCAUCGUACCACAAGAGGGUGCCAAUGGACAUGAUUCCCUCAACGCAAGAGUGGCCACAGCCAACUAUUUAUUUAUUUAUUUAUUCAUUUAUCAUAGAUAUUUUUGUAUCGUUUCUUGGUAUUUUAUUCAAAGAUGAAAUAUAUAUUUAUUGGUUUUUUAAAAGGAUCUGUAUUUUGUUUGUAUUUACAGCUGUUUACAUAGACAUAGCACUACCACAGUAUUUUUAUCUUGAGCAAGUACUCUAAUUCUUCCUGUGCACACUGCAAAACCAGUUUCUUCUAUUGAACUGUGCUAUUCAGUCUCUCUGAGAUGGAUGCUCAUGUUAUUAUCUCAAAGUCCUUUUGUUCAUGUAUAUACUGGUUCAGGUCCUUUAAAAAACCUAAUUAUUACAAUUAACAAACAAAAUUGCUGAUCAGUCUCACUGACAACAUCCUCAAUUAAGUCAAUUCUUCUCAUGUAAAUAAAAUGAACAGCAGUGUUAAAAACAUGUGUAUCAUUUACAAUGAUGACAUAUUUCAGGGUAUAUGUAAGAUAUGAUAUUUAGGUACUUAUUUAGUUCUGCACACUGCAGUUUAAAAAAAAACUGUUGGUGAGGGACGGUUAUUGCAUAUAUUUGCUUUCAUUCCAAAGCUAUUGUAAUUAUUUAAAAGAAAAUCCCAACCUCUUUUUGUACAUGUGCCUACUAAUUGAAAAUGUUGAAAAUGAACUGAACAAUUACAUGUUUGGUUACGAAAGUAACAACAGUCCUGGUAUGAGAAUAAGUCAUACCUGAGAUUGAUUGCUGUUUAUGUGAGAAUAGGUUCACUGGAUGGGCAUAUGUACGGGAUAUGUAUAAGCUUACUUAUUGGCUGGCAUUCCUCAGCAUGAGUCCUGGCCACCCUUUGAUUUUCUGGAACAUCCACAUUCCUAGAGAAGGAAUUUGGGGAGACAGGGUGGACAGGGGCCAGGCCUAUGGAUUGGCAAUUAACACAGGCUUACACCUGCAACAGAAUUUAAUAUUGGCUAUCUUGCCAACAAACAAGCCCUGUCCUGUACAACUGUGCCAUCUGGUGGACAGAAAUAUAUGCCAGAAUAUCAUACCUAUUACUACAAGGAAAAAGAAGCUAUUUUUGUCAGCUUUUGUAAAAAUGUAUGAAUCUCAGAUGAAUGUAAACAACUAAUGUUGGGGUAAUAAACUUGUUCACAGUA